UCUAUGGAAGGGAGUCAAUGAUUUAAAAUUAGAAUUUUAUGAAGUCAUUGACUACGUUUACAUGGACAGCAAUAAUCUAAUUAUUGACCUUAAUCUAAGUAAGGUAAUAAUGUGAUUAAGGUGUUUACAUGAGUCGCUUUUAGAAUACUCCAGUCAUGUACCCGUUUUACAUGUUAUUGAUCAUAAUUAGAUUAAGAGCCCGCAUCUUUACGUCACCGCGCCACGCCGUCCGACGUCCCUCCAGAAUUUCAUGCAUCAACAUACAGUUCGUCCUCGUUAUGUGUGCUAAAUUGCAGAAAGCCGAUCCCGACCCGGACUCCGCCCCACCGCCAGUAAGGAGGGAGGAACCUGCAAUUUCAGAGGCACCUCCUCACGAUGAAGGGGCCCAACCUAUGCUACUCUAUCCGAACCUGUCAGAACUGAGCCACCAACCCCCAUCAAACGAUGCUCCAGCCAUCCUACCUUCACCGGUGGCGUUAAACACGAGAUCCCAAGUGAAGGGACCAACAACAUUGCUGCCUGAGGGCUUCAGACCAACAAAAUCGGACAGAGAAGGGACAGUGCACGCCAUGGUAAAUGCCCCAAAGCUAGAAGUGGCCAAAGAAGGAGGCCCUAUGCUGGUUCACAGACCCUGGACAUUGGAAGACAUCGGGAGCUGCAUGACGCAUCUGCUGGUGCUCCGCGAAGUAGGAGGAGGAAAGUUUGGAGAUGAACUUCAGAAAUCCUGCAGAGAAUUCAGACCCACCACUUUAUUCCAAUCAGUCGUUCUUGUCAUACAUGGAGAGCUCUUUUUUUAAAAUCAAACACUUUACCCAUUACCGUAACAUACCACUCAUCAAACAGAACCCUCUCUUUGUCAGACAUUGUCUCAUAGCCGUAGAAAUGCUUGUCCGGGUAUGGUCCUAUGUAGUCUUCAUUUUCUAUUCUAUUGAACAGUUCUGGAAAAUUACCUUUCUCAGUACAGGUUAGAUUUAACGCAGCAGACGUCAUGGAUAGACGCAUAGGAUUGAAUGAGUAGCUAUCAAUUAAAACGUUGCUUGAAUGUCUGGCCAUACAUUAAAAUGAUCCAACAGCCUUGCAUAGCAAUUUGAAGUGUUAGCCCUGCUUUUGCAAAAUAUUCCAAAAGUAUAAAGUUGUCAAACCCAGAAGCAUUGUGUGCAACCCAUGUGAAAUUCUGAUAAUGAGGCUGUCUAAACUUUUUAACAAGUCGAUCUGUACAGACUGUAUCAGCGACUGUGAACUCUUCCCCUUUAAACGUAAUCGCGCAUAGGAAAUUUGAAAUGUGUUUACCGUCUACGUGUUGUGUCUCAAAAUCAUAAUAUAUGUAUUUGUUGCUA